AUGAUAUGCAACUAGAAGUACUGUAGGUGAAAGUGAAAGUAAAGUGUGAAACUCCACCACCCUUUUCUCCAUUAUUUCUGGAACAGACGUCGUGUUACAUUCUGUUCGUUGACAAAUUAGCCUUUCGACUGUUUUGGUUUAUUUUUCUAAACUCCAAACAGUUGUAUUCACCAGUUACAAAUAGCUUUACCUUGGAGUCAGACUUGUUUUGUUGGUGAAAUGAAGACCUUUCCGACCUCGGUGGCCUGGUGUUUUGGGAUUCUGUUCAUCAGUGUUUCAUUGAUAACGACAGGGUUGUCUGAGGUUGUUGGAUCGGCUGACCCAGUCAUUGCCUCAGCUGGUGAUGACGUCAUUCUACCAUGUUCCCUGAAACCCAGUGUCAGUGCUGAGGACAUGGUAGUGGAGUGGACAGGAUUGGACCUGAAAGAAAACAGCGUGAAAAAAAUGGUUCAUUGUUACAAAGACGGUCGAGACUUCUAUGACGAUCAGUGUCCAUUCUACAGGAAUAGGACAUCAAUGUUUCAUGAAGAACUGAAGAAUGGCAACGUCUCCUUAAAGCUGACCAACGUUACUCUCUCUGAUGCUGGAAGAUACAGGUGCUUCCUUCCAACACUGAACAGCCAGGUGAAGGAAACCACCGUUCAACUCAUUGUUGGUGCUGUAUCUCAGCCAGUGAUCUCUAUUGUUGGAACUAAAGGCUGGGGGGUGGUCCUGAAGUGUGAGUCUGGAGGCUGGUGUCCUGAACCUGAGAUGGAGUGGCUGGACAGUUCUGGAACCAUCCUCCCUGCUGAUGGACCUCCAGAGAAACACAGGGACUCAGAGGACCUCUACGCUGUGAGACAACAUGUCACCGUGGACAAGACUGACACCAACAGGUUCACCUGUAGAGUUAAUCAGAUGAAGAUCAACCACCUGAAGGAGACAGAGAUUCAUGUCCCAGAUGACGUGUUUCCUAAAUCACAAGUAGGGUUGAUUGUUGGUCUAAUAGCAGCAGCUGUUGCAGUUCUUGCAUCUUUAGCUGGUGUCUACUGGAGAAAAUGUACUAAAGAGAAGAAGAAGUGGAAGAACUUAGAAGCAAAUUCCGGUGAAAAUCUUCUCCCUGAUCCUAAUUCUGUCCUGUAAGAGUCAAGAAGAAGUUGACUUUGGAAGGAUUAGCUGGAGAGGGGAGGAGCUGGAGAGGGGAGGAAGAGUUGCUAUAAAAAUAUAGCUGUGUUUCUGAGUAUAUAACUUGUGUGUGAUAUGAAGCUUGGUAAAGCUUUGAUAAACGUGUUAGUCAUUACUCUAUAAUCCACUUUCAGUAGUUAGUUCUUUACUUUUUGAAGUUUUACUACCCAUGUUUGUGUUAUGGGUUUAUAUCCAUUUCCUGGUUAUUCUAUAUAUGUUUUCCCCAUAAACAAUGUCUUUCUAAUCCCCCUCAGGAAUUGAUAGAGUUGAAUUGAAUGGAAUGAUGGACUAAAGUCUCCUGUUAGAAUCUGUUACAGACCCUCUUAUGUCCAGUACCUGAUUAUCAGGUAUAUCAACCAGACCACAGGACUAAUGUCUCCUGUUAGAAUCUGUUACAGACUCUCUUAUGUCCAGUACCUGAUUAUCAGGUAUAUCAACCAGACCACAGGACUAAUGUCUCCUGUUAGAAUCUGUUACAGACUCUCUUAUGUCCAGUACCUGAUUAUCAGGUAUAUCAACAAGACCACAGGACUAAUGUCUCCUGUUAGAAUCUGUUACAGACUCUCUUAUGUCCAGUACCUGAUAAUCACAGGUAUAUCAACAAGACCACAGGACUAAGGUCUCCUGUUAGAAUCUGUUACAGACUCUCUUAUGUCCAGUACCUGAUAAUCAGGUAUAUCAACCAGACCACAGGACUAAAGUCUCCUGUUAGAAUCUGUUACAGACUCUCUUAUGUCCAGUACCUGAUAAUCAGGUAUAUCAACAAGACCACAGGAGGUUGGUGGCACCUUAAUUAGGGAGGACGGGCUCGUGGUAUUGGCUGAAGAGGAAUCAGUGGAAUGGUAUCAAAUACAUCAAACAUGUGGUUUCCAUGGUUUCCAUGUUUGAUGCUGUUCCAUUGGCUCUGUUCCAGCCAUUAUUGUGAGACUCCUCCCCUCAGUUUCCUGCGAACAAGACUGAGUGAAAUGUUUAUAUUGUAGCUUCAACCUGUCAGCUUCUGUGAACAAGACUGAUUAAACCAUUUAGUGAAAUGUUUAUAUCGUAGCUUCAUGUCAAUGUGCCAGUUUUUUGUUUGACUUUAAGUGUUUAUUUUUGCUCUGCUUUUUUAGUAUUCACCUUGAUUAUAUACAGAGGGGUCAAAUUAUUGACAUCCUUGUUAAAGAUUAGCAAUAAUGACUAUAUUAAAUAAAUAAAAUACUGACCUAUUGUAUGCUCAAAAUAAAUUGUAAAUUAUAUUAAUUUAAAAUAAUAUAAUUGCUCAGAGAUAUAUUUGUUUGUAAUGUAUUUUUGUUGUAAAAAGUUAGGGGUCAAAAUGAUUGACAGCCCAAAAUCUACAGGAGUGUGAUGAUGUCAUUGCUAUGAAUAUAGAACCAGAGACUGACCUUCUGACUAGUUUAUUAGACUCUUUAGGGGGGUCAAUCAUUUAGAAAAUAAAUACUACUCCUUAAACUAAAUAUUAUAAUCAGGUCAAUCGUAAUAGCAAUAAAAUAAUAUAAUUAACUCAUGUUGAGCAGGUGAUAAAGCUCAGUAUUUAAAUUAUUUAUUUAUACAGUCAUUAUCUUUAUCAAGGGUGUCAAUAAUUCCAGACCCACUGUAUAUUAUAUAUUGAUGUAUAUUAUACAGUCAUUACCUUUAUCAAGGGUGUCAAUAAUUCCAGACUCCACUAUAUAUUAUAUAUUGAUGUAUUUUAUACAGUCAUUAUUACCUUUAUCAAGGGUGUCAAUAAUUCCAGACCCACUGUAUAUUAUAUAUUGAUCAUGUAUUUACAGUUGAAUGGUAUUUUCCAUGUAUUGUUGAUUUCUUGAUUUUAAUAAACUGGGACAUCAUUGUGUGAGAA